AUGGGAUGGAGUUGGGGCAUAGCGGUGGCGCUUGCCUGCGUGCAGAUUGCCCUUGGUUUGGGCGUGCGGGCGAAGGUAGAAGACCCACAGCCAGAUGAUUUGUUGUUACAGGAUCAGACAACGGUGAAGCGUGAAACCCAUGAGGAGUUCGUGGAGAAUUGGGUCCUGAUUGUGCUGUUCAUUGUGAUAAUUAUCUUGUCAAUACUAUUUGAGACCCUGGUUGGGUCGUUACAGGAUUAUCUGCGUCGACGAGGGUUUCACAAGUUGCAGGAGAUGUUGAAUUGUGCGUUUAAGGAGCUGACGAUCUUGGGUUUCAUCAGCUUGUUUUUGUAUGCAACAAUCCGUCUUGGAGCUGUUCGCAAGGUAAACGACAAGUAUUUGGGUGUCUCAAAGACUGAGGAGGCGGCAAUAGCAGAGGCAGAAGCUAAGGGAGAAGAGCCGUACCCUCCUACACAUUUAACAGAAACCUUUGAGACGAUCCAUGUGCUGAUUUUCUUGAUCAUGGUGACAUUUAUAUGCCAGGUGGCGGCCCUCACAGCUGUCGGGUACCGCACCAUGAGAUCUCUUGCAUAUCUUGAUUCAAAGACAGACGAGGAUCUGAAGAAUGAUGUUGCAGCGUUGCAUGAAGGCAGAACACAAAACAGCAAUGAGAAGAUGACAAGAAAGGCACUUGAACAUUGGGGAAUUCGCCAGCGUUUUGUUUUGGCUGCUAAUCCCCUCAUGCCGAAACCCCGCAAACAGGAACCGGGGUCACCAAGGUUCUCCUUUGCUGCUUAUUUAAUUCAUUGUUUCGGUGACAGUCUCGCUACGAUGAUUGAGCUGCCUCCAAGCAUCUUGGUUCUGACUCUGUUGAUUGUGGUCUUGCUAAGACCCGCUCUAUCUCUGCCAGGUCGCGAGGUGAUCAUCUUUAUGAUUAUUGCCGCCUUUGGACUCCUCUUCUCUACCUACCUCGCCUACCGGUUCCUCAAAUAUGCAGACGCAAAGAUACGUCCCGAUGCAGGGGCCCUCCUUACCCUUUUUGGUGCCCCUCUGACGCCACCUGAUGAUGAGGUGGUUCAAGCCCUGCACUGCCCCAUAGAUGACGGAUGCCUGAUUUUCUCUGUUUGCAGGUGGUUAACAGGGCAGCAGCUUUGUUUCCCUUCGGCAGUCAUUCUGCAGCGUGACGUUCAGAUUCUUGACUUUUUAAUGCACCAAGUGAAGCACCAGAAGGCUACACUUGGUCGUCUUUUUGAUUGGUUGGAUACUGAUGGGGACAGACAAAUAUCUUUAGAAGAGCUGGAAGGAGCACUUAGCGGCAUGAAGCCUCCCAUCAGCAGAGAAGAGAUAUUAUCUCUUAUGCAGCGGAUAUCCAUUGAUGGAAGGAGUAUCACAGAACAAACACUCUUCGCCUGGGCUAGGCGAACACGAGCGCGCUCGCUUGCAUUAGUAACUCCAAACGAGUAA